UAUUUUAGUCAAUCUCUAUUAGCAGAUUUGUGUAUGGUUAAAAUUAUGAAAAUAAUUUGAUCCUUAAAACUCGGAAGAGUUUAAUUUGCAAUACUCGUGAUUUAUUCGGAGGUAAGCGAAAGGUUAUUGAGCAAUAAGCCAAAGCACAUGUAACAUGGCGGACGAGGCAGACUUGAAAAUCGAUGAGCGUCUUGCAAGCCAUUCCUCGUAUUUUAACUCAUUAGUUCAGUUAGUCCCUACAAAGUUCUACCUUCCUGAUAACGAUGAAGAGAAGGGUGGAAAAUUCUACAAGAAUAAGGGAAAGCAAGCACCAAAACAGUCGAUAAAAGAAUCGUCCCGCAAAGCGAAGAAACGAAGAUUAGACCCCGAGCAACCGAAAAGUGCAUUGGAUUUACAGGAUGGUAAAGCAAAUAAACGCGAGUCUAGCGACUCAGGAAACGAUUCAGCCGAAGAGGAAGGUGAUAAUGAUGGUGGAUUUAGCGUGGAGAAGGUCGCAAGCGGUAAAAUUAGCGAUCUGAGAGCUAAGUUACACGAAAGAAUUGAAAUGCUACAGUUGAAAAGGAAAUCAAGUGAGAAACACACAGAUCGACCCAAAAAGAAAUCAAAAUCUGAAAUAAAAGCAGAUAAGAAUAAAAAGCACGAGACCUCACGGAAGAUAAAUGAAAAACAUGAGAAGAAGCCUAAUAGAGUUUUGAAUGACAAAGGGGAAGUUGUUUUUAGUAAGUUCGAUUUUAUGGAAAGGACAAAAGAAAAAGGUGUUACCCAUGGAAGCAAGGCUAGAAAUUAUAAAACAUUGCUGGCUAAAGCAGAGAGACAGCAAAAGAAACUUGAGGAUCUAGCCCAAGAGAACCCCAGUAAGGCACUGGAACUUAAAGAACGUAUUGCUUGGAGGGGGGCAUUAGCAAAAGCAGAGGGCAUUAAGCAAAAGGACGAUCCUAAACUUAUAAAGAAAAGUCUGAAGAGAAGGGAGAAACAAAAAGAAAAGAGCAGAAAGCAAUGGAAAUCAAGAAUUGAACACACUCAGAAACAGAAGGAGGACCGACAAAAACAGAGACAGAAGAAUUUGAAGGAGCGCUCAUUAGCUAAGAAGGGAAAAGGGAUGAAGGGGAAGCCUAAGAAUCCUAAGAAACAUAAACCAGGAUUUUAGUGCUUAGCGUUUGGAACAGAUCGUACUGUGGGUUACAGUAAAAGGGCUCUAUCGCUAAUGAAUAACUUCCAUUCACACCAGGUGAUCAGGUGGGAAGGGCGGGGAGCAAUACAGAGACAUUAAGAAAUAAUAAUAAUUGUUUGGUGGGAGGGGGGUUAUAGUCAGGUCACUUCUAGUCAUUUCCUUAAAACUUUUUAAACUCACUCACUCACUAUCCAUUUAACGUCAGAGUUCACCUAUUGGCAGGUGUGACGGCGCAUGGGGUUCACAUGGGGUCGUGCAGAUUCUUUAAGGCACCCCAUGCUUUAUGGUCAGAUGCCACGCUUGCCUCCAGUCCAGCCAUUUUGAGAUCGUUAGGCGUGGCAUCCGACCAUGUCUUCCUAGGUCUUCCCUUCUUCCUACGUCCUCCUGGCUUGAAAUUUCCGAUGGAGGGCACAGGUGCUUAGCGUUUGGAGCAAAUCUUGCUGUGGGUUUAAAAUAUUUGGGAAUGUGCCCCUUUGCAGAUACAUAAUUGCAACGGUUCCUUAUUAUCAUCUACCUUGCUUCCUCUUUAUGAAUUUCAAGUUUUGAUCUUGUCUGAAAUAUUUGGUGUUCUUAUAGAAACAGGAACAUGGAAAGAAGGAAUUUGUGUCACAACUUAGCAGAAACUGGUGCAUGUCUCACCAUUGUACAGUUUUUACCCAGAGCACAAAAGUACCAAGCUUUUGCAUAAGUGUUAAGAGGUGCCUGUGGAGGAAGGUAACUAUCACAUGGUAUGGGACACAGGAAACAGUGCAUGGAAGAAGAAAAAAAUGUAUUUUGAGAAACCAUUGGAUAAAUAUUAUGAAUAUUUUUUA